AUGUCUCUGGACAUCUGGCCUCCCGUGUCCCCAGGGGAGCUCGGCAUAAAAGUCGCUGAAGCCCAGAAACGCGAGCUGGCUUGGAUCGUCGCGAGGACCCUCCAGACCUGCGAGGACCUCAAGCAUGGCCUGGAGGACUGUUACGCUCUGCUGGCGCCGGUUGAUCCUGGCAGCACUCUGGUCAUGAGCACGCCGCGCAACGAGCGAGUCAAGGGCACCAUCACUCGGGUCGGCACGCGCAUCGUCAAGGGGUCUCUCGGCCUCCAAUUUCGAACCGUUGCGCAACAGACACUCACCCUCUCGCAAGCAUUCCCCAUCCACAUACACGCACUCGACACCCUCCACACGCAUCUAACCGAAUCCAUCGACCUCCUCGGCCUCUUACUAUCCAACAGCAAGUCCUCCGACGCCGAAGCCGACGCCUCAUCAUCUACUGCCAACCAGGCGCAAGCCCUCUCCUCAGGGCUGCGUCUCCUCGCCGACUCCAUCUCCAACUCCAUCGUCCUCCUCAAGGGACCGCCCUUGAACGAGCAAGACACGAAUUGGACCACCCAGUCCUGUCCGUCAUCGCACUUUUCGCCUCCCCUGACGCAAAACUUUAGCUUCUACGUCACCCUCCAGGAAUGCAGCAUUGUGCUCGUCAUGCGCGCCCUCGAGCCCGUCGACGCGCCCGUCCAUUUCGGCACGAAGCUCGGUCUCGCUAUCGGCACGUACCGACGCCUCGAACACGACGAGGCCGACAUUGUGUUCAAGUACAAGCCCGGCGGAGACGACAUGUCCGAUACCCGGCGGUUGGCCGCCAAUCACAGCAUUCAGCCUCCUAUCACGAGGACGGUUUCGAAUUCUCAGCUGGAAGAAGUCUACGUGCGGGAAAAGGUCCGAGUGGAGAGCGCGGAUCCCAGUCUCAUCUCGCUCUAUUCAAAACUAGGAUACCUGAACAUUAUGCUUGACCAGGCGCGGCGGAACUUGGAUGCCGUCCUGAGUGUGCAGUUGAAGACGUACACGUAG